AACUUCUUGCAACAUUUUUGAUAAUGCCAAUUUAUUGACCUUCAACAACAACCAUCCUUCUGGAAGUUACCCUAUCUCUGUAAAUAGCCCUUUGCCAAAUAGAAACAAUCAAGCCAAUGAUAAUAGACAAACCCAAGCACAAGACCUAAACAUCCUUGAAUUAAUUUUGCAAGAAAUUGCUACUAGAUUUAAAGAAGUAACCAUAGAAGUUGCUGCUGCUAUCAGACUUUCU